AUGGGUGGACGACAGGCUCACGGAAGGUCCCUUGUGGCCGCCCCCAAAGCCAAGGCCGCCAACAAAAAGUCAAAGGCGAGAGCUCAAAAGAAUGCGCUCGAUGCAUUUGGCAUUGCGCAGGAAAACUUCGCGCCCAGACAAAAGCGAACACCUCGAGCGAGAGAGCUAGACGCCGAGAUAGAGCGAAAGCAUGGCCGAGACGAUGACGAAGAUGACGAGGAAGAGGAAGAGGAGGAACCCCAAAGGAAGAAGGUCAAGAGACCCAGCAGACCGGCAGAUGAUGCCGAUUACGGAAGCGACAGCGAAGGAAACGAAUGGCAAUUAGGAGGACUACGAGAAGAUGACGAGGACUCCGAGAUUGAGAGUGACGAUGCGUUUGGCGACAGUGACCAAGACAAGUUCGAUGGCUACGCAUUUCGAGGAAGCAAGACAACACAGCGCGAGGACGACGAUUCUGAGGACGAUUCUCAAGACGAUGAGGGCGAAACCCUUGGCGCAGACGCAAUCGACCUAGCAACUGCUCUUGAUCAAUUCGAAGAGUCAGACGACGAGCCCGAGGAGAAGGACCAACCUGGAUCUUCAGAAUCUGACGACGAUGCCUCUGACGAAUCGGAAGAAGAUGAUGAGGAUGACGACGACGAGUCGGACGACGACGAGGACGGCGAAAAUGGAAAUUCAGAAAAGAUGCAGAACCUGAUUAAGCAAUUUGGAGGCCAAAAAGACGAUGAAGACGACAAACCCAAGGCCAAAGCCAAGAUUAGCCUGAGCGACCUUGGACUGAUCGGCAUUAACGACGCUAAUAUCAAGAAGUCUAUGAAGCUUAUGAGCAAGGAAGAAAAGGAAAAGCGCCCUGGUGUUUCCAAGAAGCUGGACGUGCCUUUGGCAAGGAGACAGCAGGACCGUCUCGACCGAAGCGCAGCUUACGAGAAAACCAACGAGACUUUGGAUCGAUGGAAUGAUACAGUUAAGCAAAACCGAAGAGCAGAGCAUCUCAUGUUCCCUCUCGCCCAGAAUUCGGAUACAGCUGGCCUCGACACUACUGAAAUACGACCAUUGACCACCUCGAACCCAAGUAACGAGCUUGAGUCUGCUAUCAUGUCUAUCAUGGAGCAGAGCGGUUUGUCUAUGGAUAAGCCAAAGAAGCCCAAACCCAAGCAAUACGAUGAAGAAGGCAACGAGCUUACUCGCAAGGAGGCUCUAGCCCGCAAGCGUAUAGACCGUGAGGUGGCCGCAAGAGAGGCCAAACGAGCCAAGCGCAUCAAGAAAAUCAAGAGCAAGGCCUACCACCGUGUACACAGGAAGCAACGUGAGCGCGAGCGCGAAGGGGAGGAGGAUAGCGAAGUUGAUUCCGAAGCAGAGCGUGAAGCCCAAGAUCGCCGACGUGCUUUAGAGCGUGUUGGUCAGCGACACAAGGACAGUAAGUGGGCCAAGCUUGGCAACAAAACAAAGCGAGCUGUGUGGGAUGACGAAUUCCGUGCUGGUUUGACCGAGAUGGCUCGCAAGGACGAAGAGCUCCGUAGAAGAAAGGAAGGCCGCGCUGGUGGCUCCGACGAUUCGACAUCUGAUUCUGACAGCGAUUCCGAUGGCGGUGAGGCAUCUUUGCGUCGUCACCUCGCAGCCCUUGAGGAAGAGGAGAGUGUGCCUCAAAAGGGCGUGAUGGGCAUGAAAUUUAUGCAAAAGGCAGAUGCCGCUAAGAAGGAGAAGGAUGAUGCUCUUAUCAAGCAGAUUCGACGAGAACUUGAUGGCGAGGAGUUUGAUGGAUCUGCAGACGAAUUGGAAGAAAUUGGUCGACGACAAUACGGUGCAGCAGAUGGCAAGCCAUUCAAGCCAGCUCUUGAAACAUCAUCCCGAGCGCCCAGGAAGCGCAGGUCAGAGGACAGUGAUGACGAAGUUGUUAUAACCACCGACGGUGCUGCUAGCAACCCUGCCAUUCCUAACAUCACAACCUCAUCCGGGCCCGCCACCUCAGGAACUGCAGGUCCAUGGGCUCGUGCCGACACGCGCCGUAAGAAGGGCCAGUCUGCCACAAGCGUUGGCGACAUCGACCUUACACCCGCUGGCUUGCUCAAAGAGGGCUUCAACAAACCUAAGUCCAAGCCCAAGUCGAAAGCCCAGACUGCCGAUGAAGCUUCAGAUGUUGAGUCCGAGACAGAUCUGCAUCUCCCUAUGGCGAUCCGUGAUCAAGAAAUGCUUGAUCGUGCUUUCGCUGGAGAAGAUGUUGUAGGAGAGUUUGAGGCCGAGAAGACGGCCAUCGCCGAUGAAGAGGACGACAAAGUCAUUGAUAACACACUACCUGGCUGGGGAUCGUGGGUUGGUGAUGGUGUAAGCGCAAAGGAGAAAAAGCGUCACCAAGGCCGUUUCCUAACAAAGGUUGACGGUAUCAAGAAGAAGGAUCGGAAGGACGCCAAGCUGGACAAGGUCAUUAUCAACGAGAAGCGCAUUAAAAAGAAUGACCGUUACCUCGCAUCCCAGCUCCCUUUCCCCUUCGAGUCUCGCCAACAGUACGAGCGCUCGCUGCGUCUACCUGUUGGGCCUGAAUGGCAGACAAAGGAGACUUUCCAGGAGAGCACCAAGCCUCGUGUGCUCAUGAAGCAGGGCAUCAUUGCGCCCAUGUCCAAGCCCAUGACUUAA